CAAAGUCAAGUUUUUUAUCGGUUAUGAAGCCUUAUGUUUAUCUUUGUGUGUUUUUCUUAAUAUUUCCUUUGUGGCGGUGCUAGGUCAUGCGUUUAGUCGGGUCUGUUAGCUACCUGUCCGUUUUCUUUCGGCUAAAAGUGUCCCGGUUUUUAGGCGGACCGUAGCAUUGUCAUCGGUUACCAGCCAUCGCUGGCAAAGUCGCUGGCCCGUAACUAGCACUUUUAACGCAGCAUUGUAUUUAGGCAGCAAUGUAAGCGAUUGAGAUUAAACGCGAGCUGGGCUGCUUGAGCGAAGCGGGUCUGGGUGUAUUUCGCCUCAACCGGAACAGGUGCAUCUGGAGCCUCCAUGAUAUACGAUUAAUUAAAUCGGGCCGUUUUUAUUGGCGAGUAAACGUCUUGAAUUAAAUAUAGAUAGCUAGCGGGUCAGUGGUUUGCAUAGCUAGCUGGAUCGCUAACUAAAUAAUGGGGAAAUGUCCUCCCGGUUCGUUCAGCCUACUUGGAUACCUAGCUGUGUGGUUAAUGUGUUAGCGGGUUUUUUUUUUAUUAUUAUUAUGGUCAUUUUUAAUUUUCAACGUAGGCCUAUGGAAGGCCCCCAUCCGGCAAACAUUUGUGGGCUUUUAAAAUAAAAUAUUUCUAACGUCUCCGGGUUGAUGGUGUGGUUUUGAAGCAAUGGGACUCCAGUUUUUUUGAAGAGUGUUACACAAAGAAGCACAAAGACCGCCAAACACAGAAACCCUGAAGAGACUCCAGCGGAGACAUCAACCUUGUGGGAACACAGGUCACCUCAGCCAAUUGUGCCUGUUUCCUCUUGACUCUUUCUUCUGAGACAGGGAGACCUGAAUUAUGCACAAUAAACUGCUGGUCCACAUGGACGGAGGGGGGUGGCCCGACCCCACCAGGACUACCUUGUUUAUGCUCGGGUUCUUAAUUUCAGUCACCCAGGGCAGCUGGGGAAAUGUUCUGGUGGAAGCCCUGGAAGAGCAGAUUGGCCAGCUAGAGGCCUCCAUGCACUCUUCUGUACUGUCUGACCUGCGGGAGGCUACGCUGGCUGUCGGGCCACCAACAGGAGCUGGGAUCCCAGAUUCCUCAGCGACUGUGGGCCAGGUGUUCAAGAUGAAGUUACCGGUGGAGGUCAUUGCCAGCAGCAGUGUGGUGCAGAUAACAGAAGCUGGCAAGGAAAAUUUACCAACUUGGUUGCACUGGGAUGAGGACAGCGCUGCACUUCAAGGCAUCCCACUGGCACAGGACAAAGGAGUCCACUACAUCUCUGUGUCUGUGUCCAAGGUGCCUGGCAACAGGAGCCGCGUUGUUUCCAGCUCUGAUGUUUUCGCCAUAGAUGUGCGUCCUGAAGAGUAUGCUGACACUGACCCCAUUCAACUAGUUCUCCCGUCUACAGCCAGCUAUGUCCCGCCUUUUGUCUGUGGCAGUGAGGAACCUGUUACAGUUAUCACAGUCAUCUUGGAUGCUGAUCUCACCAAAAUGGACUCCAGGCAGAGGGUAAACCUGAUGGUGAACAUAAAGAAGUUUUCUGGAGUCGAGCUUCAGCAUAUGAAGGUCCUUCCUGUUGUAAACAAUCGCCUCUUUGACAUGUCUGCUUUUAUGGCUGGGCCAGGCAAUGCGAAGAAGGUGGUAGAAAAUGGAGCAUUGGUAUCCUGGAAACUGGGUUGUGCCCUUGACCAGACCAGUGUGCCUGACAUUAGCAGUGUCCAGGUGCCUGCUAAGGAGGGCACAAUGUCAGCCCAAUUGGGAUACCCAGUUGUGGGGUGGCACAUUGCCAACAAGAAACCUCAUCUGCCCAAACGUGUCAGGCGGCAACUCUACAACACCCCAACACCUGUUCCCUCCUUGCUUCCCCCAACAACAUAUCCAGAACCACCUGUACGCAUCGUGCCCACACCAACUUCACCUUCAAUUGCACCCACCACUGACCAGUCAGCUCCUCCUGUACGAGGACCUGUUCCUUUACCUGUGAGGCCAACCAUAAAGUUCAAAGACCCAAUUGCUCACACUCCCACUUUGGGUCCUCAUCAACCAACUAGGAUCGUGGACACUACUAGCACUAUUCCUGUUCAGCCCACUGUAACAAGACCAGUGUAUGUUGAGGCUACGGCUUCUGUAACCCCACCAACAACCACCACUAAAAGACCCAAACCCUCAACUACUAGGAAAUCCAAGAAGUCAAAGACAACCACCCCAUUGCCCCGGGAUCCUAAAACCACUACUGCUAAACCCUCUAAGCGAAUAACACCACUAUCCGUUGUGCCUGAACCAGGGAAUGAGAAGCCAAGCUUACACAACCCCAUUGAUGAAGUAAAUGUUUGGGUAGGCUCCUACUUUGAAGUGAAAAUCCCCUCUGACACCUUCUUUGACAAAGAGGAUGGCACUACUGACAAGCUUCGACUAACACUACGGAUGAACCAUAAUGAAGUAGUUGGGGAAAGCUCAUGGAUACAGUUCAAUACUACCAGCCAGCUGUUGUAUGGCCUACCAGAUAGGCAGCAUGUAGGAAAACAUGAAUAUUUUAUGCAGGCAAUGGAUAAGGGAGGUCUGAGUGCCAUAGAUGCCUUUGAAGUCCAUGUCAACCAGUGGACAUCACUUGAAAAGUCUCCUGUCCUCUUUCUUGCUCGUUUCCAUGGCGAUCCACUGGCUAUUGCCAGUGAUGUUCACAAGAAGAUCCUAUUAGUAAAGAAGCUGGCCUAUUCCCUGGGAGAUCGUAACAGUAGCACAAUCAUGCUGAAGAACAUCACUAAGGGAUCCAUAAUGGUAGAGUGGACAAACAACAGCCUCCAGCAGAAUCCUUGCCCCCGGGAUCAGAUUGAAGCUAUGAGUCGGAGAAUCUCGGACAAUCAAGGAUGGCCCUCUGCGAUUUUCAGCAAUGCCAUGGAGCCGGACUUCAGACCCAUCAACAUCACUGUUCGAGGCACAGGCAGCUGUCAUCGAUACAGCUUUGUGCCCCCAGGAGAGGUCCCAACUCCUCCCCCUUCUGCUGUCACGCCCUCUGUGGGUGUGGACCAUCAGAGCACUGAUGACGUGUACCUUCACACGGUUAUCCCAGCCGUAGUAGUGGCUGCAAUACUACUCAUUGCUGGCAUCAUUGCCAUGAUUUGCUACCGCAAAAAGCGCAAAGGGAACCUCACGAUCGAGGACCAGGCCACAUUUAUCAAGAAGGGUGUGCCCAUCAUUUUUGCUGAUGAGUUAGAUGACUCCAAGCCCCCUCCUUCCUCCAGCAUGCCCCUCAUCUUGCAGGAAGAGAAGCCUCCGCUUCCCCCCCCAGACUACCCCAACAUGGUCACCCAGGAGACAACUCCCCUCAAUCAGGACCAUUUGGGAGAGUACACUGCCCUGCGUGAUGAAGAUCCUAGUGCGCCGCCAUAUCAGCCUCCCCCUCCCUUUGCUGUCCCUAUGGAAGGGAAGGGCUCUCGGCCGAGGAACAUGACCCCAUACAGAUCUCCACCUCCAUAUGUGCCACCCUAACAUUUUUUGCAAACCUCCAAGAGGAGGGUGACAGGGGACUUAAGCAGUUCCAUGCCAGUGCUGUCUGUCUGAAAACAGCUGGGUGAGGGGUGUGUACAACAUGGGAUGGGAACGAAUAACAUAGAGAAAGACAUUGGGGUUAGAUGUGUGGGGAGGGAUUUUACUCAAAAGGUAGGGAAGGACAAUGUUAGUGGGUAGAGACCAGUUAAGAGUGGCCAUCAUAAAUGCCAAUCAAGCAUUUUUUGUUUUGUUUUUGGAUCAGACUGCUGGCCUCCAGAGCACACUUAAUUUUCUCUACUCUUAUUUAAAAUAAAAUAUCUGUAAAAUGCAGGCUUAAAGUUUUGGUUAAGAAAAAAAAUGGAAAGGCAAAAAUGAUAAUUUAUACCUAAUCUUUUUUCAAGGAGGUAUAUUUCUGCAGUUGACAUGCUGUCUUGUUAGUCCUGGUGUUUGGUCCAAAACUGUCUAAUCUAAAUGGGCGCAGGUCUGAUUACCUCGAAAAGAAACUAGCAUCGAAAAUUUUUGUCGGCUGUUGUUAUAUUGCACUCAGACAUGCAUAUGUUUCAAUAUGAAGUUCUUUAUUCAUAAACAUCAGUUUGAAAUAACCUGUAGGAAACCAUCAUUGUAAUUAUGCAGAUAUUUUAUAAUUUGUCACAAUGAGGUUUUGUCAAUUCUCAUGUAUUUCAGAAGACGAGUAAUCAUUACUUGGUAUACAGGAUAUUAAGAAGGCCGUGGUGUGAUUUUGUUAUUGCAGGAAUGCAUAUAAACAUGGGUAGGCAAUAUUCUGAUGAAAAGAUAAGAUCUGAUUAACUACAUCUUGUCAUUAUAUUGGUGCUCCAUUUUUUUUAACUGUGUUGAGAAAAUUGCACAGAUGUUGCAUUUCAAAUAUCCAAACCGUGUUGUGUCGAAAGACAUGCUAUUGAGGGUCAAGGUCUUAUACAUAUUGUGCAAUAAAAAUAUGGCUUCCUGCAUUUUAUUUCAGUGAAAGUAGUAUAUUACAUAUUUAUAAAUUAUAUAUAUAUAUAUAUAUAUAUAUAUUUAAAUAUGUAUAAUUAAAUCUAAUAAUAUGAAUAUAUUAUAUCAUUUAUAAUUAUGUUCUCCCAUUAAAAACCUGUCCUAUACUGUACAGGUUACAUAAUACCACAGAUGUCUUGAUUUAUUUUUUACAAGGCCUGAUUUGGAAAAACUAGGUAUUCAAGAAAAAUUGAAAUUGAGGACUUUUAAAAGGAAGCAUUUAUACCAUCCUAAAAUUUCUUUAAUACUGAAUAAAAAUACAGUAAUGCAGUUUUGUAGAUAUUAGUCUAAUAGAGAUUGGGUUUGUUUGGUAUUUUAAAAUGUACAUAAAAAUUUUGCCAUGGUUAUGCAUAUAUAUCAUAUUUUCUUUUUCCUGAUUUUGAUCUCUCUUCACCAGUUGAGGGGUUUUGGGGGACAGUGAAGGAAGCUCAGUGAUUUGUUUCUCCAAAAGUAAACUUUGCAAUAAUGUCUGGUGUGGUACGGUUGCUGCGGGGAAGCCGAGGUGAAAUAAUCUAUCCAAUGAGCCAUCUGUGCAACCGGAAUUCUUACAACGUCUCCAUGACUUUUUGUAUGGGCCUACUGUGACGUGACCAGCUCCCUGUAUGUGUUAUGUUAAUAAGUUGACACGAACCAUGCCAGGUAACUCUUUGUACAACAUAAUAUUAACUUAAUAUACAUUUUUACAUCAGUAUUGAUUUGCUCCAUUUUUAUGGUGUCUAUUUUUUUUUGCAUAAGAAGAGCAGCGGAAAAGUCUUUGGUUUGCUGUUUGAGUUCCCAGAUUUCUCCUGUCCUGGGUAUGUGAGCUGUCUGUGAAUCCUUAGGAAGUGCAGUCUAUGACCUUUUACUUGUAUGGCUUGGAACAAAAACUACAGAAUGUCGAUAUAGGCAAAUCAAAUCAUUAGUGAUAAAACGUGUGUCACACGUAUAACGUGACUGCCGUGCGACGAAGUACAUUCAGCACCAGUGCGUAAUAUAUAGAAAAUCAUCAUUCUAUUUUAGUAUCUUGUCAGAUGUGGCUCUUCAGCCGCUGUGAUCCCAGUUGUAAAUCAGGCGGUCACCUUUAUGUCUUGAGUUUAUGAGUUUCACAACAUGUGGCCUUUUUGUUCUUGUGCAACGGUGGUCCUCUUCAGUCCAUCAUGAUGUUCACCAAGCCGUCAGUUUGUGUAGCCAGCUGUUCACACCAAACAUCUUAAACAAGAUGAGAUGGAACUGGGGACACUUCUGAGUGGAAAGUAAACCAAAGAGGCAAAUUUUAGAUGGUCGUUUAACAUUUUUUAUUGCUUUUACUUCAUUCAGUGGAAGUAUUCCACUGUUAUAACUGUUUAUGAAUUCUGUUUAUGGUUAUUUUAGGAAUGUUUUUGCAUAUUCAGAUUAAUUUACAUUUGGAUUCAUUUAAUAAUAAUUCCAGUGGAAUCCUACACAAAAUGCAUAGCUUUUGGCUUGUUAAAUUCACAUCGCUUUAGAUGCUUGUCACUGAAGGUAGUUAUGUCUGGUUAUCAAGAGCUCAGCACACAAGUAUUGUGCAAUAGUUGUUCGAGGUGACGUACCUCUACAUCCAAAAUAAUUGUUUAUGCCUGUAAUUUUUUAUUUUACAGUUUAAUUUGCCUUUUAAGCUAUAAGGUUUUCUGUCUCAAGCCUUACACCCAUAUCUCCAGUUAUUUUAGUUGGCGAUUGAACAGCUUGGAGAAAAGGUUUUUUCCCCUUACAACUGGAAUAUUAAGGAUAUCACAAUAUGUGUGAUGAAAGAAAUAAAGUAUUUUUAUAUGUAAAUAUUUUGUAUGGCAAACAGAAAAGCAUCUUGUUUGAACUUUUUUCCUUGUCUCUUUAAUGCUUUGGACCCUGUCUCCCAGAAAUGUACCAUUAGUGAGCAUGUGAGAACAGUGAUAGCGGAGUGGUGCUCUUGUCAGACUGGGCGUCCAGUAGGAUCUGGCCCAGCUUGGCUGUGUGUGUGUGUGUGUGUGUGUGUGUGUUAGUUAAAGCAGUGUUUUUGCCUAACCCUCUAAAUAUAGGGGCUUGUGUGAAUCAACUUUAUCCUUACAUGGAAAACAGAGGAAGCUUGCUAAUGCUGAAAGAGAAGGCAAAGGAAGAGGAAAGAAGCAAAAAUAUGCAGGCAAGCCUGAUGGUUGUCUGUUACCAUGGCAACUUAGUUUUUAAAUUAUGUCAUGCGAGUGCGUAGGUAAAGUAAAUUGUAGGGGGAGUGCAAAUCAGCAUUUUAUAAUUUCUGAGAGCAUUAUUUAUGCCACUAAACACUGUAUGUUGAAAUCUUGUAUUAAAACCUGUUUUCAUCAAG